AUGCACCAUGUCCACCGCCGUCUCCUCACCACCGCCGCCCGCCUUCCCGCAGUCUCCCCGGCGUCCCUCCCCGCCUUCCCCCCGAAGGAGGCACUGAAGACCGCCGCCGACAAGGACACCUUUGUCCAGCAAGAAUUCAACCCCGACGCCUGGGCUGCUCUCCAGCCAGCGCCCUCCACCGCCCUCGUCGCCUUCUCCCAUCGUAUUGGCCUCGCGUCCCUCUUCGACUCUCCAGACACCAUCCGCCAGGCGUGUACUCACCCCUCCUUCGUUCCCCUGUUCCGUCAGCACUAUCCAGCCAUGGACGAGCCAAAGACCAACGCUCGUCUCGCCACCCUCGGCAACUCCCUCAUGGGCCUCUUUGCCGCAGAGCACAUCCAGGCCAAGUAUCCCUAUCUGCCUACGCGUGUCAUGAAGGCCGCCGUCACUGCCCACGUAGGCCCCAUGACCUGCGAGGCCGUCGCUAGAGAAAUGGGCGCAACCCCACUCCUCCGCUGGCAUCGCGGCAAUGCCAAAGACGAUACCCGCACCCUCCUCCACUCCGAAGCCCUGGCAUCUAUACCCCGCUCAAUAACAGGUCUGCUUUACAAGCAGCGUUCUCUUCUUGCCGCACGCGAGUUUGUUCAUUCGUAUUUCCUCACCCGCGAAAUCGACAUCCGCGCCAUGUUAAAGUUUUACAACCCCAAAAAAGCCCUGCUGGAGAUGGUCAAAAAGUAUCAGCGGGAACCCCCAAAAUCUAGACUGUUGAAGGAGACCGGUCGCUUUUCCAACUCACCCGUGUUUGUCGUUGGCAUCUACUCAGGUGCUGACAAGUUGGGAGAAGGAUUCGGCGCGUCGUUAAGCAUGGCAGAGUACCGCGCUGCAGAAGAUGCUCUGCACAGGGUAUAUCUCACACAGAGACCCAACGAAUUGAUCCAGCUGCCUUCAUCGACGUUGGUGCAUCGCCAAAACAGCAUAUACGAGCCUUCGAGUGCCCAGGCAAAAUACACCGCCCCAGAACUCGUGCCGUCAGAAAUCAUCUACGCCAGUUCAGGCAAGAGCGGAGUGUCGCUGGCGCGCUCAUAG